GAGCGAUCAGCUGCAGAAUGAGCUAGAAGAGCGAGCGGUGUCGGAGAUGUUAUAACUGCUCCUGGAAACGCGUCAAAGGGAUUUGGAGGCUGUUUACCACCAAACGCGAUCUUAUAAAGACGGGAUGUGCUGGUCGUGGCCGCUCGUGUCAGUGCUGGUGCUGUGCUCGCUCCUGUCUGUCGGGACAGUGAGGACGGCGCCCUGUCAGACCUGCCGCAGACUCACUGACCGAUUCAUCAAGGGUUUGGAGCGAACAGCCAAUAAGAACUUUGGAGGAGGGAACACAGCUUGGGAGGAGGAGAAGCUGGCGAAAUAUGCACGCAGUGAAACGCGUCUGUUAGAGAUCGUAGAGGCUGCAUGUGACAAGACUGACUUUGACUGCAACAGGCUGCUGGAGCAGAUAGAGGACCAGGUGGAGACAUGGUGGUUUCACAGACAGCAGGAGGCUCCAGACCUGUUCGACUGGCUGUGCAUCGAGGAGCUCAGACUGUGCUGCCCACCUGGACACUACGGGCCUGAAUGCACAGAGUGUCCGUCAGGUCCUGGAGGAGUGUGUGGAGGUCUGGGCCGCUGUGAAGGUGAAGGCACACGUCUGGGAGAUGGAGACUGUGUUUGUGACCCGGGAUACUCGGGCGUCCUGUGUCAGGACUGUGCCGACGGAUACUACAGAGAAAAGAGCUCCAACCACACACAGCCACCCUGUACAGCUUGCCAUCAUUCCUGUAAAAAGUGCACAAGUCCACAGGACAACAAGUGUCUGGACUGUAAGCCUGGAUGGAUCCUUCACAGCAAUAAGUGUGUUGAUGUGGAUGAAUGCGGCACUGAAUUAGCUCGUUGUCCAUCCAACACAUACUGCUUCAACACGGAUGGCUCUUAUGAAUGCAGAGGUUGUGAUCAGGCGUGUGUGGGCUGUAUGGGAAGUGGACCUGCUCGCUGUAAGAAGUGUGCUCGAGGUUUCAGACUCACUGGAGCAAAGUGUCUAGACAUUGAUGAGUGUUCGGAGAGAGCCAUUGCCUGUCCUGGACUCAAUGAAGCUUGUAUAAAUGAGGAGGGCUCGUUUCGCUGCGAGUGUGCGGAGGGAUUCAUUCGACGGGACAGCAUUUGUGUGGAGAAUCUGCCACCGACGGGGCCAGAGAAGGGCUUGUUUGAUGACAUGACGGAUGACGAGGUGCUCGUGCUCCAGCAGAUGUUCUUCGGUGUGGUGAUCUGCGCUCUCGCUACUCUAGCCGCCAAAGGAGACAUGGUCUUCACGGCCAUCUUCAUCGGAGGAGUGGCUGCCAUGGCAGGAUACUGGCUCUCAGAGAAGGGCGACCGCGUGCUGGACGGCAUCCUUAAAGGACGCUAAUGAACCGGACACUGAGAGACUCCCAACAGGCUGAUGCCACUGAAACGUGAAGCUAUGGGUUUGGCAACACUGCUGUUUAAAGCUCUGUGGAUGAUGAUGAUGAGGCUGAUCGGCUCAUUUAUAACACUGUGCUUCAACAGUUCAGCUGCUGCUGUAUUUAGGAGACUCACACGGUUAGUAAUGGACAUGUUUGGCCAAACCCCAAGAGACACACUGUACACAACCCAUUCAGGCAGAGGUCCUGUACAUACUGGAAUGGACAUAUUGGCAUUUAUGCACAUUUAUACAUGGAUACUGUUCAUUUUUAAAAUUUGUCUCAAUGCAUAAAACAAUUUAGUUUAAAGAUUUCGGAAGUGACUAAAGGAUGCUCCAAAAGUCAUGUUCUCACAUGGCAACAUUCCCAAAUGCAUGAAUGCAGCGCUGUCACAGAAGACGUCUCUCAAACCAGAGCUGUGUAUGAGUGUGAAAGUAGUGUCUUGAAUACAUAUGGCAAAUCAAUUUCAACAGGGUUCCCACACUCUUUGAUCAAUGCAUUUCCAUUAACACUGGAUAAGGGUUUCUUUUUAUAUUAGUCUUUAUAUUAGUUUGGGAGCUCAUUCAGUAGACUAUAGCUAUCUCCCGGCAGUGUCUACCGAGCACAACUAGAAAAUUUAUAUUGGUUAUAGAGAUUUCCAUGAUUCGAUAUCAUGAACAGGAAUACACUGUUAACCACCAUUUUAAAACUAGCUCAUUCUUCCAGGUUUUCUCUGGCUGUGGGAACCCUGUUUUACAUAUGCAACCGGUAGAAUACAGUAAUGAAUGUGAUUCACUGUUUAUCUGAGUGUACUUUACCUGCAGAUUCAACACAUGUGGCCUUCCAGUCAUUUCUUUCACAGAUGUUUUUGGUUUCAGCACAGGUGGCUUUAAUUCAUUGAUCAUAUCAUGUCUGCAUGCUUUACCUUCUGCUUUAGAUGAAGAUGUGUAAAUGUGUCAUCUAUUUAUUUUGUUUGUCAUAUUUAUUAUUUGUCCAAUGUGACUAUGCCCUAUAACGACAGACAGCUGAGAUGUGGGCAUGAUUUUUGCCAGCCUGAAUGAGAAUUACGUUUUGAGUGGUCUUGUCAUCUGUUGUUAGCGUGGAGGACAUUAUGAUUUCAUUAAAAACCCAUUUAAUUGA